AUGUACGUGGGCUAUGUGCUGGACAAGGAUUCUCCUGUGUACCCUGGCCCAGCCAGGCCCGCGGGUCUUGGCAUCGGCCCACAAGCCUAUGGGCCCCCGCCGCCGCCCUCCGCGCCUCCGCAGUACCCCGACUUCACUGGCUAUUCUCACGUGGAGCCGGGCCCGGCACCCCCUACGGCCUGGAGCGCGCCCUUCCCUGGGCCCAAGGACGACUGGGCUGCAGCCUAUGGCCCGGGUCCCGCGGCCUCCUCCGUCAGCCCAGCCCCGUUGGCAUUCGGGCCCCCUCCGGACUUUAGCCCGGUGCCUGCACCGCCUGGGCCCGGCCCGGGCCUCCUGGCGCAGCCUCUCGGCGGACCGGGCGCACCGUCCUCGCCCGGAGCGCAAAGGCGAACACCCUACGAGUGGAUGCGGCGCAGCGUGGCGGCCGGAGGAGGCAGUGGUGGCGGUAAGACCCGGACCAAGGACAAGUACCGCGUGGUGUACACAGACCACCAGCGCCUGGAGCUGGAGAAAGAGUUUCAUUACAGCCGUUACAUCACCAUCCGGCGGAAGUCAGAGCUGGCUGCCAAUCUGGGGCUCACUGAGCGGCAGGUGAAAAUCUGGUUCCAAAACCGGCGGGCAAAGGAGCGCAAAGUAAACAAGAAGAAGCAGCAGCAGCAACCCCCACAGCCACCACCACCCACCCUGGAAGUCACCCCCGCCCCAGCCGGGCCACCCUUGGAGGGCCUGUGCUCCGGUUCCACCAGCCUCCUGGGCACCUCCUCCCCCAUACCUGUCAAGGAGGAGUAUCUGCCAUAG